AUGGCGCGCACCAAAGGUGAUUCCGAUAGCAACACAUUAGCCCUUCUCGGCAAGAAAGAGGUGCUAAAGCGCCGAUUCGGAUUCUGGUCGCUAUUUGGUUUCGCCGUGUGCGAGUUAAUCACUUGGGAGACGGUGCUCGCCUUAUUUAGCCAGGGUUUUGAUAAUGGCGGACCAGCCGGACUGGUGUACGGCUUCAUCAUAGCUUGGUCGUCCACCUUGUCUGUAUAUGUGGUGAUUUCUGAACUCGCAUCCAUGGCCCCCAUCGCUGCCGGCCAGUAUUAUUGGGUGUAUAUACUGGCUCCCGACCGGUACAAGGUAUUUUGCAGCUACAUAGUUGGGUGGCUCACAUCACUGGCCUGGGUCGCCACCGUCGCGACCGAGACCAUCUUCGCCGGCACCAUGCUCCAAGGCCUCAUAAUUCUUGAUCAUGAAAAUGAUUACGACCCAAAGCGCUGGCACGGUACACUACUUGCGUGGUUGGUGAUUGUUGUAGCCAUCUUCAUCAACGUCGUCAUUCCGGGAGCACUACCAAAAUUCGAAAUCUUCAUCAUCGUCUUCCACAUUGCCGGUUUCAUUGCAAUCGUGUCAAUCCUGUGGGUAUACUCUCCCCACAACUCAGCGCACUUUGUCUUCACCACAGCUUUGAACGAAGGCGGUUGGCCAACGCAAGGACUGUCUUACUGUGUCGGUUUUCUGGGCAACGUGGCUACGUUCGUCGGGGCCGAUGCCUCGGUUCACAUGGCAGAGGAGGUUGCCAAUGCGCCCUGGAACAUUCCCCGGGCCAUCGUGGGCGCGAUGCUCAUCAACGGUGCCGUAGGCUUCGUCAUGAUGCUGACCCUGCUCUUCUGUCUGGGCGACGUGGACUCGGUGCUUGAGACUGCAACGGGCUACCCCUUUAUCCAGAUCUUCAAAGACAGCGUCACCAACACCGCCGGUGCUACGGUGAUGGGCGCAAUUGUCCUUGCGCUGACAUGGGCCUGUGCAACCGGGAUCAUCACGACUGCCAGCCGUAUGACAUGGUCCUUUGCCCGUGAUAAAGGUACGCCAUUCAGCUCAGCCGUCAGCUACGUUUCGAAGACUCGUCGUAUCCCGACGGUUGCUGUGCUCGUGGUCACUGGCAUCGCGGCGCUUCUCACCCUGAUCUAUAUCGGCUCCUACACGGCCUUCAACGACGUGAUAUCUCUCACUAUUACCGGCUUCUACAGCUCUUACUUCCUCCCUGCUGCAUUUCUACUGUACAACCGUGUCAAGGGCCGCGUCCAACCCCACCAACGACAAACUCCAGGUUUUCCCGUCGACCCAGACGACAUGAGCGAUGACAAUGCCACCAAAGCUCCCGUCUCCCCCGACCGUGACGGCAUCUCCACGGGCAUCCCAAGCAAGAACGUGGCCGGCCGAGACGACUUAGAUGAUGACAUCAAAGCGGAGGCAACAGCGUAUACUGGCGCCGGUUCAUCUGCAUACCAUCCGGCGGCGGAAGCGGCGGCAGCAAACCAACAUCACCGCGUCGUCUCCGUGGCUGAAGCGCCGUUGGUCUGGGGUCCUUUCCACCUUCCUGGAUGGCUCGGUAUCGUCAACAAUGCAUACGCGUGCGUGUACAUGAUCUUCGUGAUCUUCUGGAGCGUAUGGCCCCCCGAGACUCCGGUGAAUUACCAGACAAUGAACUACUCGGUGGUGGUGACGAGUGGGGUUAUCAUUUUUAGUAUCAUCUGGUACUAUGUCCGGGGUCGCAAGGAGUAUCAGGGACCCAUUGUUGAUGACGAGGUGGCGGCGAUCGUGGUGAGGAGGGGAAGCGUAGGUGUAGGUGUAGGUGGUGGUGGUGGUGUCUGA